AGACAGCUAGACAGCCACUCAGACAGACAGACAGACAGACAGACAGACAGACAGACAGAAAAAGCUAGAGUUACAGAUAUAUAACUCCUUUUGAAUGUCGAUUGCCACUACUACCAGUACAACCGCCGCGACCAUGUCCACCUCCGCUAGGACUAUCAUGACACGCCGAACCUCGGUUCCGCGUGUGAGUCUCUCGACGAGGCAGCAUAUCGACAUGCAUGAGAGGGGUCUUGUUGGUCCUGCAGGCGCCCGAGAGAUCAUAGCUGCUAUCAAGACGCGCAAGAGCGUGACCAAACUUAUCCUUGGGCAUAACGAGCUUGGAGGUGAGGGCUGUCGAGAAUUGUUUCGAUUUCUCUGUACGGACGAGGGCCGACGAUAUCAGAUUGCGGAGAUCAGCCUGAACGCCAAUGUGGUUGAUGAUGUGGGGCUUGAGGCUAUUGCGGAGUACCUAGACGGGAAUUUGUAUUUGCGCGAAUUGUUCUUGAAUAACAAUGCUUUUCAAGGAGAAAUAGAGGUCGCAGUGAAGCUUAGCGCUGCAAUCAACACAUCAAAGCUCGAACUCAUUUCGUUGACUUCCAACAAACGUCUUUCUGACAAGUUCUUCAUCCCCUUCAUUUCGCACCUGGACUCACCCACAUUGCGCGAGUUGCAAUUAUCUGCAGUCGGACUUACACGCCUAUCUGCACCUGCACUCACGGCGUACUGCAUAUCACCCCGUUCACGCGCGCUCGAGAGUCUCAGGUGUAACGGGAAUUCUCUUGGCACAAGAGCGGUUCGUGCGUUGCUCACGGCACUACGCGGGUCAAAUUUCACGCUGCAGAGACUAGAAGUAUAUGCGAACGCGGAGUUCAUUGAUUCGGACCUCGGCACAGACGAGGAUAGAGAGACCGAGACUGAGACUGAGGAGAGCGUGGAAGAGGCUCGCGCGAGGUGGACGACGUGCGAACAGGAUAUGAAGAAUAUGCUUAUUCGUAACGAGGUGCUGCGGAGGAAAGUACAUGAAGAAGCUUUGGCACUGUUGCUGUAUGCGCGUACUUUGCUUCUUAACUCCUCACGACGGUCUUCCUCUUCCACCUCCUCUUCUCACUCUCGCCCGUCCUCCUCCAGUCGGACGCCGCCUAUUUCGAGUCUGGGUCUACCAGACUUAAAAGACCCGCGAUUAGUAGGUUCAACGUCAGAUUAUGGUAACUUAUUGCAGUCGACAUCCGACUCAGAGACCAAUAAGGAGUCGCUUUCCUCAAGUAAACCUACUCUAUUCUCCAUCUCCGCAUCUCCGGCUCCGUCUCUAUCCGCGUUCCCGUUCCGCGCUCUUCCAAUCGAGCUACAACACUACAUCCUUGCGUUCCUGUCUCCUUCCCUUUCCGUCGCUCAGCGUGUGCGGAUAUUUAGCUUCGCCUCGGACCCGACAACACUCCGUCCCCUUCUUCCCUCGCUCCGACCCACGUCUCCCCACGCAGGAUGUAUUCCUGACCCUGCGAGUUUGCCAUUCAGCUCCUCUAGUCCCGGCACAAACAGUACACCCUCGUCUCCGGACUUAUCAGGAAUGGGAGUGGGAGUGGGAAUGGGAAUGGGGACAGGACCGCUAAGUCCAAAUUCCACUCUCCCCCAGUCAACAACAAGACCAACAACAACAGCGACCGGUAUGGGUACAAGCUUAAGUCCGAUAUCCGACAUAGGAACGGGGAAGAGGAGAAUCAUGAUGGAUAUGCUUACUCCUAUUACUUCUAUGAGUCGAUGUGCGGGCGGGAAGUGUAUGGGCGCGGGAGGGAGCGUGUUGUGUCAUCGAGCAGAGGUGAGGAUGCGGUGGCUUGCAGAGGUUGGGUGUGUGAGGUUUGAUGUGGAUGGACGAGGUGAGAAGGAUGUGUUGAUGUUGAUUGCUGGGACGAGGGCUGGCGAGUCGUAAACCUCCUUUCCCCUUUCAUUUUCAUAUUCUCUUUGUGUUAUUUGGAGGAUACUUCCUAUCUUCUUCAAUCUUUCACCCGUCAUUCGGUUUCUUUGCUUUUUAUAUACACGCAUGAUUCAUGAACAACAUAGCCAUUGUGUAUAUGUAUGUAUAUGCGUAAUUGCUUGUACUCUCAACAGC